AUAUUUGGGCUUUGGGUUAGGCAAUCAGCAUAGGCUUUCCUGAGUACUCCAAAAGGCAGGGAAGAGCAAUUUAGAUUCUAGCCUUUUAGGGUACAAGAAUCUGCCUGAAAUAACAAGAGGAGGAGGAGAAGAAGAAGAAGAAAAAAUGCCAACUCUAACGAAGUUAUAUUCAAUGGCGGAAGCUUCUGAGCACAAUACUAAGGAAGAUUGCUGGGUCGUUAUUGACGGCAAGGUAUAUGAUGUUUCAUCAUACAUGGAUGAUCAUCCGGGUGGAGAUGAUGUUAUGCUAGAUGUCACUGGAAAAGAUGCAACAGAUGACUUUGAAGAUGCUGGGCAUAGCAAAAGUGCAAGGGAACUCAUGGAGAAAUUCUUCAUUGGAGAGAUUGAUCCGUCUGCCCCUGCCAUCCCUAAACUCGAAACCGUCUCAAAGCAGCCCAGCAAUACAUCUCAGAAAGUCAUGGAUUUCGCCAAACAUUAUUGGGCUCUUCCGGUAGCCAUUGUUGGCGUCUCUGUGGCUGCCGGUUUCUUGUUCUUGCGUAAGAAGUAAAACACCUAAAAAGGCUAAAUAAAGCCUUGGCUGCUUCCUGGUUAGCUGUUUAGUAGUUUUUUUGGUUCCGAUCCUUCGAAGCAAGCGAAUCAAUAGAUUUCCUCAUUAUUCACAAAUGCUUGUAGCAAUUUUGCUUGUAACUUACAGGUUGGUGCUCCUUUGCAGAGAUUAGAUUAUUUAGCGGUUAAUUGUUGAACACCCUGAAUUUGGAGGAUUUUGCAUUCACAUUUUGGGGGUAUACAGGUGGUGUAUACAGAUUUGGAGAUUGUCAUUAUUGAGAUUAUUAAUUAAAACUAUACAUUAUGUUUUACCAUCCUAGCUCUUCCCCUUUUCAUGUACUUGCCAUGCUCAUUUGAACAUGCAUUCACAUUUA